UCAGAGUAUAUGCUUAGUGUAAAUCAUAUUUUCCCCAGCCUUAGGACAAGCUACGCAUGCGAAGACCUUGAAGAAAUAUGCAUUUAAGUAUGGAUAGUGAUUUUCCAUCCUGAAUGCGAGACAUUAAUGCUUUGUUGACAAGCCUUUGCUUCCUUAAAAAAGUGGAUUUUCCAUUUUUUUCUUCUGUCUUAAAUUCUUUUGUUCAUACAGUGAUGCACUCUUUGCAAGAAAGUGUUUGGUGGAAAGGCAAAUCCACCCGAUUGCAAAUGAUUGUUGCCUUAAUUAUUUUCGCGACAGUGAUUUUGCCACUCAUCGGGUAUCGCAUAACUCAACGUGGUAAAUUCUUCGAAAUCCUAGCUGCUAUUGGCUUCUUGGCUUUAUUUUACAAAUUUUACAUGAAAACUGCAAUCGAAAAGCCUCUGAACAAGAAAGAGGAGUCCCUGAAUUCCAAAACAACUUCGUAUAAUCAUAGAAUAUCCAAACCAUAUAAUUACGACCCAAGCGAUACAGGCAUCCAAAACAACUUUGGACUUACAGAUCUUGUUGAAGGCGAUGUAUGAAAAUUUGUACUGUUAAUUUUGUGUAUUUUAUUUUAUAUUUUUAA